AUACGUAAUGUGCGGUAGUAUAAUGCACUUCGGUGUUUAGAGUUUACCUUCCACCACCUCCUCUUUCUUUUGAUACCGUAGAAAAAUGAACCGUUGUAAAUUCACUACAUUUAUCUGUGCAGUUGGUUAUUUAACUCGAAAUCAAGCGUGAGAGAACCGAGAAGGCGCUCGGUUAUAAAUAAUCCUACGUAAUAUAAAUGAUAACUCGUUUGCUGGAAGCUUUUUUUGUGAGCGUUGGGUUUUUUAUUGUUCGUCGAGAGGUCUUCCACAGCGUCGUCGGUCGUUGUCGUCUGCUUGGUAGCAAUUGUCGCCGUUUUCGUGUAUGUUUUAAAUAUUCGCACGGUUCGGUUAGUUUUUUUCCGACUCGUACGUAGGUUACAUCUGUAUACUAUUCGGUUCUAAAUUCUCUAUACAGUGGUUACUUCGGUUUCGAUAGUUCUCGUUUCGUAUGUAUUUCUCGAAGUACGAGUAUAAGUUGCGGUAGCCGAUUGAUCAUCACACAUGCGAAUGUCACAGCAGCAGCAGCAGCAUCAAAAUAAUCAGCAAUAAUCGACCUCGGUAAAAAGAGCACUCGAAAAACGAAACGACGAUGAAGCCUUCAUUAUGGACGAUUACGGUAAUAAUAAUGUUUUUCAAAACACCGCUGCUGACACAUGCCGAGCAACAGAAGCUGAAACGUAAAGCCAAUAACGCCGCCGCCGCAGAUCCAUCGCAGCAGGAGAAUUACAUAAUAACGCACUACGGGUUAGAGUAUUAUACGCCGGUUACAGAAUCAUCUUCUUCGGUGCAAAUGCAUAACGACGGAUAUUUCACCGCCGAAGUCAUACCAGUUGAUCCGAAAACUGGAGAAGAAUUGAAAACCAUUAAUAAUCUUUUCGUUCCGUUGCAUACCGGUUACUCCAUCGGUGGCCAUCAUCAGCCAGAUAAACAAUACGCCGUCGCCAACGAUAGGAAAUCUACCAACGAUCACCAAUCGCAACCUACCAAUAUUGCUAAACAAAAAUUCGAUAAGAAAUUCAAGUAUAAGAACGCCGACGCUGCUAAGAAAAAUUCAACGUUACGGGCCACUUCUCAAAGCGUCGGCGCCGGUUCUGGUAGCGGCGAAGAUAACAAAUCUACUCGUAAGAUCAAUGCCGAUGAUAACAGCAAGCGAAUAAAACAAGUUUCAACGGUCGUCGCCGUCGAUAAUGUGAAAUUUCCCGCUAAUUAACGAAUCCUUUUUGUAAAUAGGAAUGUGAAAAAAGGACCAAGUUGACCGCAGCGUCAGAAAGGGUUGAAAAACUUUUCGCGUCCAGAGAACGCGGAAUUUACGUAAUGAUGCUGCAAGCUCGUCGAGUAUUCGCCGGUGUCAAUAACCGAGGAUUAGAAGAAGACAGCGAAAUGGUUCCUAUGACGAUGAGUUUCUUAUGUCGAUCUUGUUGGUUGAAUUUUUGAAACCGGUUUGGUAGUUCUCAAUCAGCUGCGAAUGAAUAGGUAGGCCUAUGCCUAUCUAUUUAAUGGAGGUGCAAAAUUUGAAGUACCUAUUUUAAUGAUUGAUUUCAACUCCAAAUAAUAAGGAAUAAAAUUGUGAUAUUUUUUUGAAAAUUUUUUAAUUAAUAAUGUAUUAAUAAAUGGUUGAAAACUCUAGAACCGAUUUCAACCUAUCAAACUGGUUUUAGAAAUGUGAGAAUGAAAACAAUCGACUUUUAAUUGUAAAUAAUUCUGAAUUCAAAACCAUCCACGUAGGAACAACUCAACCAGUUUCAAAAUCAUUCAAACGGUUCCACAACAUGAUUUUUAUCAAUUGUUCAAGGAGCAAAAAGAAACUUUCUGAUUAUCUUUUAAAACGGUUUCAAUAUCUAGAAGUAAUCCUAAAAAUACUUUGGUUUUCAAUUGAAUAUUUAAAAAUUAUCAGACACUUUUUGAGAACCCCCUAAACCGGUUUCAAGAUCAUUGACUCGAGUUUAAAAAAAAAAACAAAGUCACAACUUCACAAGUAUGAAAGGGUUGAAUUAAACAUUUUUGCGUUAAUUAUCUGCAACUUUUUUUGAUUUUCAUUGUACAGAAUUAAUCAAAAACUUUUUGUGAACCUCUCGACCGGUUUAAAGAUUAUUAAACUGAUUUUGGAGGAAUUCACAAAUAAAAACUUGAUUAAUGGUCUCUCUUUGUCUUGUCUCCAUAUUUUUUUCUAAUUUCUAUUGUUCAAAAUUUACUAGAAAUUUUUUGGGAACCCUGAAAUCAGAUUAAUAACUAAACUGGUUUUAAAAAUUCACAAACAAAAAAAAACUACCCUAUUGUUGAUUUUUUUGGCAACUUUUGUCAAUAAUUCUAUUAAAUUGUUCGAAAGUGAACACGAUUUGUAUGUUUGUGAUUACCGAGUAAACGAGACAGAAAUUUCAACGAUCGAUAUAGGAAAUCUUCUUCAUAGAAUAUUCAACAUUUUCAAACCACUUUGCGAUCUUCAUCCAAUCAAAGGUUAUUGACCCCGGUACAAGCUUAUAAUGAACAUACUGUAAAAGUGUAAAAUAACGAAUAAAAUUAGUCAUGUUAUGUGAAAUGGAAAGCAAAUGUGUAGUGGCAAUGAAUGGGAAGAAUGAAGAAAAACAAACAUCACGAAGGGAUAUGUUUGGGCUGAAGAUUAUUGUAAUAUUUUAUUCAUUUCUGGAAUGCUGUAAAUAUUUGUAAACAUAACAAUACGAAGAUGUGAUGAAAUAAAUGAAAAAUGAACAGAAAA